CAAGUUUCCCUUUGUGUUCAUGUUAUUUGGGGCAACUUUUGAUAAAACAAUCCUGCAAAAAUUAAAUAUUCAAUGGAUCCUUUACAGUCUGUGUAGGUAUCAUGAUUCCUUGGUGCUUUUGCAGCUAUGUCUUCGAGAUUUCCUGUAUAUUGUCAUUUCUUGUGCAGGCUUUUGUACACGUGGUUUUCAUUUAUUGGCUAGUUUGUAUAACCAAUUUAUAGGUUUAUAAACACCUAUAUUCAUAGGAUUUUAUGCAAUCUUUCCACCUAUUGCUAACCAUCAAAGGUUGAUUUUGGAUUUUUAAAUUUAAAAUAUGGGAUUUCCCAAAUCUUCCACUUCCUUCUCCAUUUAUUUCCUUUUGCUUUUUCGGCUUCCCUUUUUAAUUGCAUUUCUUUUUCUUUUUUCUCUGGUUAACUUCUUCCUUUUUCUCUCUAUUUUCUUCCUCCCUUUUCUCUACUAUUCCGUUGUCAUUUUCUAGUUUAUGGAAGGAAAUCUUUCAAAUUCUACUAUUAUUACUUCGGUUACCAGGGCUAUUACUGAGAUGGAGGUUGAUCCUAAUGCUAAAAGUUGUCUUAGAGCUUCUUUCGUUACUGCUAGAGUUUCUACAAUUACCGUCAGAGUUUCUACUACUUCUAGUUCUUUUCUGAUUCCUACUUAUGUUGGAUCUUUAGUUGUUGAAGCAAGUAUUUCUUCUUCUCCUUCUAAAUCAGCGUUCAGCGAAGAUUUUUGUGACCCCGAUAAGGUAUCCUGGGUCACUAGCAAUUGUGAUGUUAACGAGAUAAGGAUAAUAUUAAAAGAAUUUGAUGGAUCCAUAGGUCUUUGCCCCCUAGCAUCCUAUGCACUGCACAGCUUUCUAGUGUCUUCCUCUUGAUAUGUGCAUUUAUAGAGAUCAAUUUGCCUAUGGUUUGUGUUUUCCUUUGCAUCCUUUUAUUGUUGAAAUCUAUGAUGAAUUCUCUAUUAGUUUACCUCGAGUUGUUGUAUACAUUAUUGCUUUCCUUGUUAGGUGUUUCUACUUAAGAUCACUCAUUCUCAAGAGUUGUUUUGCUUCUUUUUUUCAUUUGAAAGCCACUAAAUCUACCAGUAGUUGGUAUUACUAACCUUGUGGAAGUGAAAGCCCAUGGAUGUUUAACAUCUUUGAUGAUGGACAAGAUUAUGUGGAUGAUUAGGAGUUUAGUUUGUGGUUGUUGAUGCAUGCUUGGUAGCCUAACCAUUCCUGUCAAUGAGUGGCUUCUGGUUGUCUAAGUUAUGCUGGUAAAAGUUAUCUCUAAAAGGAAAACUUGCAUAUGUUAAAACAUUCCUUGAUUAAUUUCAUAUGUAUGAUUACCUAAACAAACACAAGAAAGCUUUUAGGGUGUUUUCAUUUGUUGAAAUAAAAAAUUUCCUAAUGU